UCGCAGUACCCAGCAUGCAGCGCGGCGCACACAGAGCCAUCUUGUCAAAGUGAGGAAGGGAAGCGCUGCAAGGAUUCCAGUUGCCCAAAAGUAUAACAUUUAAGACAUUUUGAACACUCACAAGGGACUUGCCUUCUAGGCUGGUGUGACUACUAAACGAACACAAGGAUGCUAACCAAGUUGGUGAAGAAGACUUGUUUGUAGAAGAUGUCUUCCAUACUUGUUCCGACGUAGGGGGAGUGUUACAGCCCCUCAGUCCGCUAGUAGCUCGGGGAGCGGAGGGCUGCGGCCCGCCUCACUCCGCUGCGGUCCCUCAUUCCGCCCCAGCCUCCAGUAGCUUCGCUGCGGCUCCUCAGUCCGCUGCGGCCCGCCUCAGCCUCCAGUCGCUCGGUGACGGAGGGCUGCGCCCCCUCAGCCAGCCUCAGCCUCCAGUAGCUCCCGUUGCAGGGCGGCGCGGUGACAACUCCGGGACCGGGUCUGUGGAGUGAACUCAACUUUUGUCGCAAACCCUUGUAAGGUAUUACUGUUAACAGCUAAAGCUCCAGGAUGCUGUAGUGUACACGAUCUAGCAGUCUAUUUUACGCGCUCAUAAAAUGCAACAGGAGACUUGGAAAAAUGAGGAGGAUGGCGCAGAUUCGUAUUGAUUGCAGUUUACUUGUUAAUUCUGUAUAAAUGCGAACGUGAGACCCGAUCUAAUCGACUCGGUUCUAGGCUGAUUAGGCGCAUUUUGACGGAUAACCAUAAGGGAGUUGUUAACAGUCCGCAAACAUGUCGAAAAUGCCGGCCAAGAAAAAGAGUUGUUUCCAGAUCACCAGCGUGACGCAGGCCCAAGUGGCGGCCAGCAGCGCCACCGACGACACGGAGAGCCUGGACGACCCGGACGAGGCGCGGACCGAGGACGGCUCAUCGGAAAUAUUCGACGUGUCACGAGCGGAUUAUGAGCCAGUGUGUGACAGAAGUUCAUCAGAGGAAGCAAUCAAUAACAUCGGAGAGACUGACGCACCUGGCGUCAUGGUACCGCAACAUAUACCUCAAGUUAAUCAGUUGUCUGCAUUACCAAACAACCCUAACGGAGGCUCUCGAAACAUAGGAUAUGCAGGCUCUGCUUCGAGUAGUCAGCAAGGGCAUGAUCCGGGGGCUGCGUUGAUGUCUGCCCUUGUCACUCAGCCAGGCCCCGUGCAGCAGCAACGCCUUCCCCCUGGGGUGAGUGUUGGUGGUGGGCCUCCAAGCCUGUCAGUCAACGUCUCCCAUGCAGCACCGGUGACUUAUUCCACUCCUUCCUCUACCACAGCUACAGUGAGCUGCAGUUCACGCUUCAGGGUCAUUAAACUGGACCAUGGUACUGGAGAGCCCUUCCGAAGAGGGAGAUGGACAUGUACAGAGUUCUACGAAAAGGAUUCAGAGGGCUCCGUGAUGGGUCGGUCUGUCGAUAACAUACGACACGCAAACGCUGCGCCCGACCCCAGUCUCGACAGGGACAGCGGGCUCGGCCACAUUGGUGGCUCUGCCGUUAUCCCGGCAACAAACUUUGGUCAGGGGUUGGGCUCCUUGGCGGACAUGAUGUUAUCGCUCCCGGCAUCUCGCAUGCAGACGUUGGACGCUCUGCAGCAGCAGAUGCACCAGGCUGCCUACGCCACCGGGCAACCCGGGGGGACGGCCUCCCAGAACGCCUUCUCCAGCAGUAUCAAGUCCAUAGCUGUUUCCGCCCCUCAGCAGCCUGCCGUCGGCCUUCUCCAACCGUCUGUCGGACACAGCAGCCUGUCUCAAGGUGGUGUCAACAUGCAGAAGACUGCACUCAGUCAACCGGCCGGGCAGGCCUCGGCUGCAACCUCCAGCCAGACAGAAUACUACCAUCAACAACAACAACUACAUGGGUCUCCCAUGCAGGAAGCUCCCCCCACCUCUCUGACACUGGCCCAGUCUGGGAGACAAGGCCCCUCUCCCAUCAUAACCCAAAUGCUGGGACGGACCUCUGCUUCUGGGCAAAGUGGGGAGAUGGCUGGUCCAGGGGGAGGAGGACCUUUACCUGUCCUGUCCGCGCCAAGCCUUCUGCCGCCGCCCCCCGGGGGUGGGUUGGGCGGUGUGGGGGGCUCCCUGCUGCUGGGGGGGUCCGCCCUUCAGCAGGCUGGCGGUCAGUACACCAGCCCCGGUCAGCUUCAGCCACACAACCUCGAGCACGCACCAUCUGGUGGCCAAAAUGUGCCUGCCGCCAGUUCCAGUGUGCCCACCACAGUGCCCGCGGGCGCACCCAGUGCCUCUAGUGCAGCCAUGCCAAACCUGAUGACCUCCAGUCUGCUGAUGGCCAAGCAGGCCCAGUUCUCCCGCGGUCAACUGGGAGCUUUCGGGGUCUUCGGGGGCCUGGUCCCUGGGAAGGACCUGAUGAAGCCUCUGAUUCCAGAGAGCCUGCAUCUCUCCAGCCCCACGGUCCGCAGUCUGUUUGGGAUUCCCUUACCCAUGGACGGGGAAGAGGACAGUUACUUUCUCAAGACGAUGGCCUUGGCUCCAAACAGGAAAUCUCUGGUGCUCUGCUGGAGGGUAGCUGAGCACCGGGCUGACUCAGCACUAGUCUUAGGCCCAAACGUCUUCGCCAACGUGUGCAUGAACUUUUUAAUUGGUUGCCAUAUUUCCUGAAACCUAAGGAGAAAUUCUUAUCAUUUCCACCUUCCUCUCUGGUGCUUCUUGUCAUUUGAGAGGGCGAUUGUGGAGCUAUAUUAGCCAGCUUUUUACCGUUUAUUGCGUUUUCACAUUUAUCAACUAAAUGUCUCAUGUACAGUAGUGGAUCUGCAUUGGAUUUUCAGAUGGCAACGCUUCCUUGCCGUGGUGGCAAGAUCUUGCUUAGCUUUUCAUGUUUUCUAGGUUUUUAAAGACUUCUGUCUAUUGCUGAUCUUUGAAACAGGAUUGUCUUCCAAUCCCUUUGAUUUUAUGUCGUCCUGUGAUGGGCUUGGCUUAAGGGGAAGGUGGAAACGUAAAGUACUUUACAAUUCCUGAUCGUUUCCAUGUUCAUGCUAUAAUAAACCUGCCAUAGCCAUUAACCUGGCUUUUCCCCAGAAAUAUCCUCUCCUUUCACUUAACCAGGUGCUUCCAUUUUUUUUGUCAUUUUGUUUAAUCUCAUGUUUUUAAUUUUUCACGGGGAAGCUCAGCAAUCCUAAAAAAAGAAUUUCCAUUGUGGUUGUAUUAUCAAAGUCCUAUCGUUCUGAGCAUGUGACAAGACUGGUUUUAUCCGUGUUGGUUCUUUAGUGGAAAUGUGUGGUCUGUCUACAAAGGGGCCUGUGGCUGCUUACUGUAUUCUGGAGCUUAACGACAUCGAACUUUGUCCUAAGAUAAAGGACCAUGGUUUCAGUGAUGCAGGAUGACCAUCAGAUGUCAGCCUUACACCAGAAGUCAUAAAAAAUAUAUUUUCAUGUCAAAGGGAAUAUAUCAUACGUUGCCAUAUCAAUUUCAUAUAGCACAAGGAAAACCCACUUCCUUCUUUUCCCAAAUAGCUGCGUUGGAUAUUAUAUCCUAUGGGUCAAUCCCUAUUGAAUGGCCCUGGAUAUGCGUUGACUAUUUGUCAGGUUAGUCACUGCAUGCUUACUACUCAGAAAAAGGGGUGCAAACGUGUACUCGUUUUCUAAUUUCUAAUCCCCUUAUUUAUACCUUUUUUUAUAUGAUGUUAUGUAUUUUUGGAUGUUUCUGGAAGGAUAAAUAGUUAAAUGUUCCCAAAUAACACCUUUGCCGUGCAUAUUGUUGUAAAGCCUUGUAUAGGUAUUUUGUUGGCCAGUGUUUAGUGGCUGGCCCAUUGGUGGACCGUCGGCGGCAGACAAGUCAUAAUGACCCCAGGAACAGUAUUAUUCUUCUGCAAUAUCCGGUUAUGUGGUUUGACAGUCUUUUAGGUCAAAAAUAAAAUAUCGGAACAGAUAUUGGCUAUUGUAUCCCUUAAGCUGUAUAGUACAAACGGAGGGGAGAGUGGAUGCGUACAUUGCUAGAAACGAUCAGACUUCUUUUGCUUCUUUUUGCAUGGGGUGCAAAACAAAAGUUGUGGGCUUUUCUUGUAUCCCUACUCCUUCUAGAAUCACUUUUUGCCUUUUUAUAAAUGUUAUUGAACUGGUUGCAGUUCUUUAAUUUGUAGCUGCUAAAAUAGAGGCUUUUAAUACCGUUCUUCAGAGAGUAGACAUUUGAAAAACUAGCUUUUACCGUAGCUCUUUAAAAAUCAUGACGACAAGGAUGGAGUAGAAGCUGUUUUAUGCAGCCUUUGGGUUUUCUUCCGUGUUUUUUUUUUUCUUCAUAUUUUAGGUGAAAGCUACCUACUUGCCUGGCAUACUUACUGUAAGAGUGUACAAUUUUAGCUCCACGUUACGUUACGUGUGGAGGCUGAUGGUUCUGAAAACAUCAUGGAUGCAAAACAUUUUUGAAAAUGCAACAGAAUAUUUUUUUUAUAUCAAAUGAUGGCUAUUAAAUGAUUUAUAUAUAUUAUAACUAUUUUUGCAGUCAGGAUUGUGUUAUUUGUCACUUGUGUACUGCUAGUGCUGAUUAGAGAGGGCUCUGUUACGACAGCAGGGUCCUAUCAGAGAGCCAGCAGUGGUAUUUCCACCGUUGCUCCUGGCUGCAGAUAAGAGACCUGUCACUGGGGCGUGUCGCUUCAGCAUGUUCUCUCUCUCUCGUUCUCUCUCUCUCGCUCUCUCUCUCUCUCUCUCUCUCACACACGUAAGUGGGGAUUGAGCGUAUUGCUCACUGACACUCUACUUCACUCCUACUUCAUUGGCCUCCGCGUGGAAUUCAAUCUCCGCUGGUAAAAAGGUUUUCUUUUCGAGUCAUGUCAGAGAGCAAUACCUUCAGAGUCUAGAUCACGCAGUGACUCACUUGUAUUUUGGUUUAUCCCCAGCUUUUGCCAAAAACAACUUCUCUCAAAAAUAAGUAAUUGUAUUCAACAAACGCCCUGGUGUGGUUGGCCUUCCUGGUGUGGCAGGCGGUUGGCCUACCUGGUGUGAUAGGCGGUAGGCCUUCCUGGUGUGCCAGGUGGUAGGCCUUCCUGGUGUGCCAGGUGGUAGGCCUUCCUGGUGUGAUAGGCGGUAGGCCUUCCUGGUGUGCCAGGCGGUAGGCCUUCCUGGUGUGCCAGGCGGUAGGCCUUCCUGGUGUGCCAGGUGGUAGGCCUUCCAGGUGUGCCAAGCGGUAGGCCUUCCUGGUGUGAUAGGCGGUAGACAUUCCUGGUGUUCCAGGUGGUAGGCCUUCCUGGUGUCAUAGGUGGUAGGCCUUCCUGGUGUGGCAGGUGGUAGGCCUACCUGAUGUUCCUCCUGUGUGAGGGCCUCAGUGGGUCUUCAGGUUUGUUUUCUUAGCUGGGGCCUGAAUGCCGGGCCAGGCAAGGCGUUACAGAUGUGUUCAUACUCAGAGGAAGUGUUGAUAGGCACCCUUGUUCUGCGAUGAGUGAACUUUAGGUUCAGGUAUUAUUUUUUUUCACAUUGGGAGUUUGGCAGUGGUUAGAAAGCUUUCAGUUACUCUCACUCAUCCUUGUUCCCCAGCAAUAAAGGCUGGUUCCAGGUGUAUUUAGGUGCUACUUUGUGCAUGAGGGUUUCAGAAGUCAAGUUCUUAUUGAUCAACGUCCCAUCAGUAAUUCAUUCCAUCACCUGGGGAGGUAAUAAGUUGUUGACUUUGUGAUGCAUACACCUUGAAUGUAGAAAGGGCCGUGGUUUGUAUGGUUAUGUGGCAUUCUCUCGAUACCAUACUGUUGGGAUGACACCAUAUCUAUAUCUGUAUCCCACUGAGGCAGCAUUUGUAAGAAUGUAUUUUCCUCCAAUGAAGGCCUUGCAGAGUAGUUGAAUUGUUGAUGUUCCAUCUGCCUCUGUCGCAAGUGUUCAAGCUUGCUUCAUGCAACGCGUGUUUGAUCAAUAACCUCCCUGGCUAGUCUUCAUCCCCCAUCCCUCACCGGCCGGUUCAGAGAGGAGGGGCUUGUGCUCCGAGAGCCGCUCUUUCGCUGUGUGUCCUUGCAGGGAUUAUCUCCUCCGUCAUCACCACACCCUCUGAUCUGGCUCCGUGUUCUGCAACCGGUUAGGGUUGUUUAAACUCUCCUCCCUGCUGUUGCGCUAUCUUUGUGCUUUCGAAGUUUAGUAAGCUGUGAUUUAAUUUUAUUUUAAAUGCCAAUAAUAAAGGGGUG